GAUGCUAGUAAACGGCGUGGUGUGGGACGCCCAAAGUCGUCUCGAUACCCUAAUGAGAUGGAUUCGAGUGCUCGACGCAGUGUCAAUGUAAAAUCAUGUAGCAUUUGUCGACGUCAAGGGCAUAAUAAGAAAACUUGUGCAGCUAGGGGUGGUGUUGGAUCAUCGGGGUCUCAUGGAGCCGACGAUCCAUCCCGGCCCACGUGAUACUUCGGUUUUGACGUUGCAGGCGGAGCAUAGGAGUGAGGAUGUUUGGGGAGGGGGUAUGGACAGGCUUUUGACGUGUCAGGAGCACGUGCUUGGUUUAGGAGAGUGGGUGAUACAUGAUCGAGUCUUGGAGUUUGUUAGAUUAGCAGGGUUCUAUGGUGUACAUAGAUUGGUUGGUGGUGGAUUAGCCUUAGAUAGGUCUUUGAUCACAGCAUUGAUUGAGAGAUGGAGACAGGAGACGCACACUUUUCAUUUGGCUGUUGGUGAGGCUACUAUUACUCUGCAGGAUGUCGCUGUUUUGUUGGGGCUCAGAGUUCAUGGGGCUCCUGUCACAGGGGAUGGUACUGGGGUGUGGUCAGCUUUAGUCGAGGAGUUGUUAGGGAUACGACCAGAGCCUGGUGAUGAUGGAAAACCUGUUCUCCAGGGUUCAUCAUUGAGGAUGACUUGGUUGAGGCGACACUUCAGUCAGGGCCCCCCUGAUGACGCUGCUGAUAUUGUUUAUGAGAGGUUUAGCCGAGCAUAUAUUCUUGCACUUAUGGGGUCCAUUUUGUUUGCUGAUAAGAGCGGUGAUGCCGUGCAGCUCGUCUACUUGCCAUUGAUUCGCGACUUGCGUAGAGCUGGGACAUACAGCUGGGGGAGUGCGACCCUUGCUUAUUUGUAUCGACAGAUGUGUCGAGCCGCUCGUAGACGAUCCCGUGACAUUGGUGGUCCACUUAUACUUCUGCAGUUAUGGUCAUGGGAGCAUAUUCACAUUGGUCGUCCGAGGAUUUCGAGAGUUCGCGAUGCUCCACCUCCUGACCCAGAGCAUCCUAUUGAGGUCGACGAUCCAUCUAUUCUUGGUACUCAGCAUCAGCGUGGAGUGGACCCCUUAGCAUGCAGUUGGCUUAGGGUUCACUUUUCAUGUGGCCAUACAGCUAGUGGACUCUCUUUCUUUAGGGAUGCACUUGACCAUCAAAAGGAGACACAGAUGACUUGGCAGCCAUAUUCAGAGACGGUACUUGGUUUACUACCCGAGAUUUGUAGAUGUGAUAGAGAUAUAUGGCGCUCAGUUGUACCGUUGAUUUGCUUUGACAUUAUUGAGUACCACUACCCAAAUCGAGUGAUGCGUCAGUUUGGAUUGGAACAGUCAGUUCCCGUUGCGUGUGACACGAGUGUUGAUCUUCAUAAUGUGGAUCGACGGCAUAAAAACAAGAAGUUUGAAGAGAUGCAUCGCAAAUAUGUGGAGGAGUGGCGUGAUCGUGAGAGUCGGAUUGUUCAAGGCACUCCUUUUGCCGGUCAUCGUGAGAGGAUGAAGGAGUAUAUGGAUUGGUAUUGUAGCAUCACGAGACUCCUCAUUACACCCCCCACCACUCAUUAUCAGCCGUCUUCCUCUGAUAUUAUUUUGUCACAUGCAUUGGCUGAUCUUGCCUCAAGAUGCACUCGAGCUGUGGAUUCUGCGUUAGAGUUACCUCCCAAUUUGGCCCUUCCUCUUACUCUUGAUACGUUACGCAAUUUGAGUUCCUCUUGCAUUGAGACCUUAUCAAGAGUGGGGCAAGAACAUAUCCUCCAACAAUAUGAUUUAGCCUCGUCUCAGUGUACACCCGACACCUCCACCUCACAUGUUUCUCGAGGGCGUGGUUUUCGACCACCAUGUGCACGCCCUCCACCACUUACUCCUCCUCUACGCCCUCUAGCACUUACUUCUCCACACCCUCCACCACCACCUUCUCCACGCCCUCCACCACCACCUUCUCCACGCCCUCCACCUCUUACUCCUCCUGCAUCUCCGCCAGCAUCACAAGUUAUUUCAUCUCCUCCUUUGCAGCUUCUCACUUACCGGCGACAAAAGGGUUGCUCUCCUAGUCAACGUCCCGAGCCAAUUGCCGAGGAGGAUGAUAUUGGAACUUUUAGAACUUUUAGAAACUCAUGUGUCAUUAUUGGAACGAUUGAACUUUUGGAAAUUUUUUGUUUGCACUCUUCUAUUUUGUUGCAUAAGUGUUAUGGUUUGGUUGGUUGGUAUGAUUUGUGGAGGUUGUUGGAGUUGGAUUACAGACGUUGGAGUUGGAUUAUAGACGUUGUUGGAGAUCUUGGAUUUGUUUACAGGUUGUUGGAGUUGGACUAUUUGGCAGAAGAUCUUAGCCCAUUUUCUGGCUGA